AUGAAUUUCGGCUCUGAUAACUUUGCCGGUGCGCACCCGGAUAUUGCAGCCAACCUUUCAGCACACGCAACGGGCUAUGCUGUGCCCUACGGAACCUCCGACUUUGACCAGGCAGUACAGCAACGCCUGGGCGAGGUUUUCGAGCGCCCGCUCGCAGCCUUCUAUGUCGCGACAGGCACUGCUGCCAACUCACUGGCUCUCACCUCGGUCGCGAAGCCCGGUGGUGUGGUUCUAGCCCAUCACGAGGCUCAUAUUAUCGUGGAUGAGUGCGGUGCGCCCGAGUAUCUCUCAGGUCAACUACGAAUGGUUCCCGUCGAUGGACCUGAUGGGAAGAUGGACAUUGCGGCCCUGCGUAGGCAGGCUGAGAGGAUAGCUCGACUGGAUGUGCAUGGUGGGCGUCUCAGCGCCAUUUCUGUCACGCAACCUACAGAGAGCGGAACUGUCUACUCCCUCGAGGAGCUGGAUGCGAUCUCUGCCAUCGCCAAGCAGUACAAUGUGCCUCUGCACAUGGACGGAGCGCGGUUCGCCAACGGGCUCGUCUCCGUAGGGUGCCGACCUGCCGAUAUGACUUGGAAGAGAGGAGUUGAUAUUCUCUCCUUUGGCGGAACCAAGAAUGGGUGUUGGUGCGCAGAAGCCGUUAUCCUUUUCGAUCCAGCUAAAGCGCAUGAGUUCUCCUUUAUUCAGAAAAGGGCGGCCCAGCUGUUUUCAAAGUCGCGAUUUGUCUCUGCGCAAUUCGAGGCUUACCUACGAGACGAGUUAUGGCUCAAGCUUGCGCUGCAUGCAAACCGGACUGCUGCUGACCUGGCGGCGGUGCUUGAUCGGUCAGGAUCUGCCCGCCUCUUAAGGAGGCCGCAAACCAACGAGGUCUUUGCAGUGCUAAAGAAGAGGCUGGUGGAAGAGCUGGAACUGGCACAAGUCGUAUUCUUUGAGUGGCCGGUAUCACCAGAUUUACGCUUGAGUAGCGAUGAACAGCUCUGCCGGUUUGUGACUUCAUUUGCAACAAGAGAUGAAGACUUGACACGUUUCGGGGGUUUAAUUAAUUAA